AUGACGGACGCCAGGAAGAACCUACUGCAUGUCUUCGGUUUUGCUUCUCUUGCACAAGGAUAUAAUUUCAUUACGUUUGAAGGUCCGGGCCAGCCAUCAGUUCGCCGAAACCAAGGGCCGGGGUUCCUCGCAGAAUGGGAAAGUAUUGUAACACCCGUUGUCGAUUACGCGGUUGCACGGCCCCGAAUGGAUCCACCAAAGCUCGUCGUACCCGGAUACUCCUUUGGAGAUCUGCUUGCCGUACGGGCGGUUGCCUUUGAACACCGUCUUGCGGUCGCGGUGGCUGUCGAUGGCGUUUUCGAUUUUCAUCUUACGCUGACAAGCAUGUUUCAGCCGCAACUAAGAGACUCGACUGCAACCGGCAACGUCAAUAUCAUUGACAAUAUCGUAAAGCAUCUUACAUCUUGUGACAAGUCUCCGGUUUCGGCUAAAUGGGAGUUCCAGCAGGGGUUAUGGAGUUUUAACCAUGUGCCAGUUUCGCCUCCAAAGGCUGUAUUGAUGCAGCAAAAUUAG